CUUAUGUGACUUAAAAAAUUGAAAGGCUUUUAUAAUUAUGAAAAAUCAAUCGUUCUCAUGAAAUUCGGCGAAUUUCUCUUCUUUUACGCGAUUUGUUAAACUAUCCUGCUAUGACUUUUACUAUCAGCUGCAGUCAGUAAACAGUAAACGCGGUCAUUUGUUCAACAUGGUGCAAAAUUCCACAAAAUUCGAGGUGCUCAUGACGUACUAAGACUUCAAGCAACUCGGGAAAGCACAGUUACUGAUACAAGAGAACUUGCUCGUGUUUUAUCGUCUUCCUGUAAUUAUUGCAACUUUCCCGGCAAGAGUGUUCCCAAAUAGUUUACUGAGCUUGUAAAACUUCUUUUUUUCUCACGACUGCUCCAUCAGUCUUUUGUGUGUCGCGGUCAUGAACGACACGGGGUUUAACGGGAUCACAAUGGAUGCUCGACUUUUACAAGGGAUAAGUUACAGCAACCGGGAGGUGGUUGCCACAGAUGUCGCGAGCCUCCUAACCCUCGUGCUAAGUGGGCCCUUGCUCGCCUCCGUCGUCAUCUGGUACAUUGCCGCCACCUUCUUCUGGGGCGUGCAUGUACCUAAGAGUAUAGGCAUCGAUGUUGGGCAGUACACCAAGGAGCACUACCCCUACCUCUAUCAGAGAGUAAACCGGGCCUUACUCAAGUGGGCGCAUCUUCCACCUCGCAGCCGUCCUAAAGACUUGGUGUGGGAUACGUGGUUUACGAAUGUGGACGGCGUUACAGUUCCUUACCAAGUGUUCAAACGACGUAUCCUUGAAUUGUGACCAUCAACCCCAUUUCAAGUUUGUCUACAAAAUAUCAAACAAUCUAUAUAAAUAAAAC